AUGUCUGACCGUUUCAUCGGGUACGAGCAGGGGUUUGCGCACGCUGGGAUCUGGUCAAGAUUGAUCCAUUCGCUUCCAAGCCACCACUGCCAGUGA